CAACAGAACGGCAAUCCACUAAACGUAUUAUUCUCCUUGGUAAAAGCGCUUUACACAUGGAGCGGAAGACGUGAACUGUCCAGAAAUGCGAGAUCUAGAACUGAAACCAAUAAAAGGCUCAGAUUUUGGAUCGUAGAUUUUGUUAUUUUUUACAGACAGCAGCGUAAGUGCAGUGAAUGGGUGUACAGCAGAUUAGUGGUCCUGCCGAUUAAGACUGCACAGCUUUUUGGGGUCUGGUUGGGAUUGAGAAGAUGUAAGGAUCAACAAGCUCUCCUCUUGGCUUUGAAACAACCAUGCAGAAAGGAAUUCGACUCAAUGAUGGCCAUGUUACCUACCUGGGUAUUUUGGCGAAAAAGGAUGGCACAAGACGAGGGUAUUUGAGCAAGAAGAGCUCUGACAACACAAAAUGGCAUACCAAGUGGUUCGCUUUGCUGCAGAAUAUGUUGUUUUAUUUUGAGAACGACUCCAGCUCCAGACCCGCGGGAUUGUAUCUGUUGGAAGGAUGCACUUGUGACAGAGCUCCCUCUCCUAAACCUUCUCUGUCAGCCAAGGAAUGUUUAGAGAAGCAGUACUACUUCACUGUUAACUUCAACCACGACAACCAGAAGGCCCUGGAGCUGAAGACAGAGGAUGUCAAAGAUUGUGACGAAUGGGUGGCAGCAAUAACACAUGCAAGCUAUAGGAACCUUGCGACGGAGCACGAGUCACUCACGCAGAAGUACCUCCAUUUGCUGCAGAUUGUGGAGACAGAGAAAACAGUUGCUAAGCAACUACGACAACAGAUAGAAGAUGGGGAAAUAGAGGUUGAACGCCUGAAAGCCGAGAUUGGAGGUUUGCUCAAAGACAACGAGCGCAUUCAGUCUGACCCGACUACUGCACCCAGCGACGAUGACUCUGACAUCAAGAAAAUCAAAAAGGUGCAGAGUUUCCUCCGGGGCUGGAUGUGUCGGAGGAAGUGGAAGACAAUCAUUCAGGACUACAUCAGGUCUCCCCACGCCGAGAGCAUGAGGAAGAGGAACCAGGUGGUGUUCAGCAUGCUGGAGGCAGAGGCUGAGUACGUUCAGCAGCUGCACAUCCUGGUCAACAACUUCCUGCGGCCGCUGCGUAUGGCUGCCAGCUCCAAGAAACCUUCCAUCACCCACGACGACGUCAGCAGCAUAUUCCUGAACAGUGAAACAAUCAUGUUUUUGCACCAAAUAUUUUACCAAGGACUAAAAGCAAGAAUAGCAAGCUGGCCAACGCUAGUAUUAGCCGACCUCUUUGACAUCCUGCUGCCCAUGCUGAAUAUUUACCAGGAGUUUGUGAGGAACCACCAGUACAGCCUGCAGAUCCUGGCACACUGCAAGCAGAACCGAGACUUCGACAAGCUGCUCAAGCAAUACGAGGCCAAGCCCGACUGUGAGGAGAGGACUCUGGAAACCUUCCUGACCUACCCCAUGUUUCAGAUCCCCAGGUACAUCCUGACGCUGCACGAGCUGCUGGCUCACACCCCGCAUGAGCAUGUGGAGAGGAACAGCCUGGAGUAUGCCAAGUCUAAGCUGGAGGAGCUCUCAAGAAUCAUGCACGACGAAGUGAGCGAGACGGAAAACAUCCGGAAGAACCUGGCCAUCGAGCGAAUGAUCGUGGAAGGGUGUGAGAUCCUCCUCGAUACCAGCCAGACAUUUGUCAGACAAGGUUCUCUCAUCCAAAUACCGAUGAGCGAAAAGGGGAAAAUCACCAGAGGGAGGCUGGGGUCGUUGUCUCUCAAGAAGGAAGGGGAAAGGCAGUGUUUUCUGUUCUCCAAACAUUUAAUAAUCUGUACCAGAGGAUCGGGAGGGAAACUCCAUUUAACAAAGAACGGAGUGAUGUCACUCAUUGACUGCACCUUGAUGGAGGAGCCAGAGGGCACCGAUGAGGAGUCAAAACCAGAUAAAUCCGGACAAGACAUGGAGCACUUGGACUUCAAAAUCGUUGUUGAACCAAAAGACACACAGUCGUUCACUGUCAUCCUGGUAGCUUCCUCACGUCAAGAGAAAUCCGCAUGGACAAGCGAUAUCAGCCAGUGCAUAGACAAUAUCCGAUGCAAUGGUUUGAUGAUGAAUGCAUUCGAAGAAAACUCAAAGGUGACAGUUCCACAGAUGAUCAAGUCCGACACCAGCCUGUACUGCGACGACGUUGACAUUCGCUUCAGCAAGAUGAUGAACUCCUGCAAGGUCCUACAGAUCCGCUAUGCAAGCGUGGAGAGGCUUCUGGAGAGACUGACAGACCUGAGGUUUCUCAGUAUAGACUUUCUCAACACCUUCCUGCAUUCAUACAGGGUGUUCACCACAGCCGAAGUGGUGCUGGACAAGCUCAUCACCAUUUACAAAAAACCUAUCAGUGCAAUACCUGCAAGGUCUCUGGAGCUGUUUUUUGCAAGCAGUCAAAACAAUAAGCUUCUGUAUGGAGAGCCUCCCAAGUCCCCAAGGGCCAGCCGCAAGUUCUCCUCCCCUCCCCCUCUGUCCAUCACCAAGUCAUCGUCCCCCAACCGUCGGAGGAAACUCUCCCUGAACAUCCCCAUCAUCACCGGGGGCAAGGCGCUGGACCUGGCUGCCCUGAGCUGCUCCUCCAAUGGCUAUGCAAGCAUGUACUCUUCCAUGUCCCCAUUCAGCAAGACCAGCUUGGACAUCAACAAGCUGUACGUGUCCAGCUCCAUCCCCAGCAAGAUCCCCGAUGAAGCUGAAACCAAAACGGACAAGCCAGACGAGCCUUCCUCCAAUAAGCAAGAAGUAUCAGUCAGAGAAGAAUGUGACAAUGACCCAAUCCAGAGUGACGAAGCUGAAACAGAGACGUCACCAACAAAGUCUCCGACAACUCCCAAAAACGUGAAAUGCAAAAACUCUUCAGACUUCUCCUUGUUUUCCUAUAACAAUGGUGUGGUGGUGACAUCCUGCCGAGAGCUCGACAACAAUCGCAGUGCGCUGUCGGCUGCCUCUGCUUUCGCCAUAGCAACAGCGGGGGCCAAUGAAGGCACGCCCACCAAGGAAAAAUACAGGAGGAUGUCACUGGCAACUACAGGGUACCCCACUGACCAGAGGAACGGGGACAAGGAGUUUGUGAUCAGGAGAGCGGCGACGAACCGAGUCCUGAACGUUCUGCGACACUGGGUCUCCAAACAUGCACAGGACUUUGAAUCCAGCGGUGAAUUGAAGUUUAAGGUGAUCAGCUUCCUGGAGGAGGUGAUUCACGACCCCGAGCUUCUGACCCAGGAGAGGAAAGCAGCUGCCAACAUCAUCAGAACUUUAACUCAAGAAGACCCCGGAGACAGUCAAAUAACCCUGGAGGAGAUUGUGCAGAUGGCGGAAGGUGUUCAGUCUGAACCAUUUGAUAACCACUCUGCCCUGGAGAUCGCUGAGCAGCUGACCCUGCUGGACCACCUCGUUUUCAAGGGGAUCCCGUAUGAGGAGUUUUUCGGUCAAGGUUGGAUGAAGCCUGAUAAAAACGAAAGGACUCCCUACAUUAUGAAAACCACCAAACACUUCAAUCAUAUCAGCAACUUGAUAGCCUCAGAGAUUCUGCGGUCGGAAGACGUGAACGUGCGCGUGACAGCGGUGGAAAAGUGGGUGGCCGUGGCUGAUAUCUGCCGCUGUCUGCACAACUACAACGCCGUGCUGGAGAUCACCUCCUCGCUGAACCGCAGCGCCAUCUUCAGGCUGAAGAAAACCUGGCUCAAAGUCUCCAAGCAGACAAAAGCUCUGAUUGACAAGUUACAGAAGCUGGUCUCAUCCGAAGGCAGGUUUAAGAACCUUCGGGAGGCUUUGAAAAAUUGUGAUCCUCCGUGUGUGCCGUACCUGGGCAUGUACCUGACAGACCUGGCCUUCAUCGAGGAGGGCACACCCAACUACACUGAGGACGGGCUGGUCAACUUCUCCAAAAUGAGGAUGAUCUCCCAUAUUAUUAGAGAAAUCAGGCAGUUCCAGCAGACAGCCUACAAAGUUGAACACCAGCCCAAGACAACAGAGUAUUUGCUGGACAACAAUGCUGUUCUGGAUGAAGAAAGUCUUUAUGAAGCCUCCCUGAGAAUAGAGCCCAAAUUGCCUACCUGAAGGGAAGACGGACAAUAUCCCCGCGGCUAACCAACUGUACAAAUACUACAUGAUAUGUACAUAAUCUAUUAUUUAUAUUAGACAGCUUAGAUAUAUCCUUCUAGUAGGUGUUUCUGCAAGGAGCGGUGUUAUUAGAAGUAAACUAGAAGUCUAACACAAACUUUAUAUGUAUGGGUAUAGAGAUUUUGGGGGAAAAAACACACUUCGAAGUUUAUUUGUUCUUUACUGUUGUUUUGUCUGCAUUUAUCAUAUAUUAUCUAGUUCUUUUCUGCAAUAAUAAAACCAGGCUACCAGGAGAAAGGAAAACGACAAACAGAGUCACUGAGUCCAGCACUUCCAGUAAGAUUCGAAGGAGAGCACCGGGUGAAACACAGGGCCCGUUAACUAGGGAGAUCAGGGAAGAUUUUCUCGUUCAUUUCAUUUGCUCCUCACAAGCGCUGCAGAAAUGUAGGAUUUUUAUUAUUUUUUUUUUUUUAAAGAGUAAAAUUGAGAAGUUACAUGAUGGUUAUCCAAAUGAUCAUACAGAGAGGAGGUCAAUCCAAGGCUAUUUAAAGGCAUUCACAGCUUGAUGUAAUCAGAUGCAAGUACAGAAUUGUUACAGCAGUAUAUGAACUAUAAUCAUUUCCACCAAGAAUAGAAUUAACUGGAGAAAAACAAUAUUUCAAUGGUCCCUGGAAUGUUAAAGAAGCUGUAUGUGACCCUGACCUGACCUGUACAACAUUGGGAGGGGGUCUAUAAUCAUAUCAUUCAACGAAGUUCUUGAAUGUUGAUGAAUUCAAUACUUUAUUGUGUUUUGGAGAAAAACAAUCAGAAACAGCAAUUCUUUCAGUAACUUUGCCACCGUAUGCCAUCUGGUUAUUUAUUUUCUAUGUAUUUAUUUAUUAUUUGAUUUAUUGUUGUUCUUGGGUGCUGUUUCAGCAGAGCACAGUCAAAUGUGCUGACAAACGGUAAUGUUAAUUAAGGAGCGCAGUGCUCAGAAAGGUACUGAGCUGGUCUAUCUGUGUAAGUGAAUCUACUGAGAAGCAUUGUAGUCAUUGCAAAUCUAUUCUUCCUACUGUGCCAAUGACCAGGAAUGACUAUGACCAAAUCUGUUGUACUAGCUGAAAAGAAAUGGGGCAGAGCUUUGCAGCUUGCACAAUUUAUAAAGGUAUUUUUGUAAAGUUGCCUAAACAAGAGUUUUAGCAGAAGGGAUACUGCAUCUUUGAGAAUAUAUGAAUCUAUGGGAAAAUGUGUAUUUUGUAGAAACUUUAACAAUUCUCCUGAAGGGCGUGCAUGCUGUCUAUUUUCUACAUGCAGCCUUAUCUAUUACUUAAUGUGUAACAUUGCAAAGCACUUUCAUUACAACAGUAUAUCCUAGUAACAAGCUGACUUGACUAAAUGGCUAAACAAUGUGUGAUAUUUAGUACCACAACUUUAGAAAUAGAAAACAACUUGAAAGUCCUUUACAUAUACUGUAAUCCUGUCUAGAAUCACUCUUCCAGCAGGACUAUGGUAAUGUAGUGCUUAUUCUGUGAAUAUCUGUAUGUAUUUUUACCAUGUACAGUAUAGAAACACACUAAACUAUUAAGAGGAAGGCAUGCUCCACUAUA